UCAACCAACACAACCACCAACAAGAAGAAAACGCAGCAGCUGUCAAAAAAAGAACAACAACGUAAUCUUCCCUUGCAAAAAGCGAAUUUUGAAGCCAAAUUUCUGUCCGAAAGCGUCGCAUCCGCACCUCGAACCGGAAAGUUUUCUCUGAAACGAUUACACCGCUUACCGCAGCCGGCAAAGGACACACAAUGUCCAAAACGAGCAAGUUUGUGCUGCGAAUCCAAUCAGCUGACGGUACAAAGCGCAUCGAAACAGAGCCCUCAAGCACGACGAAAACGCUGUACGAGCUCGUGCGGGAAGUCUGUGGGUUCAAUCACUACGAAUUUGCGCUUUUCCGCGAGAGAAACUUCACAAAGGAGGUUGUUUCCAGCGGCUCGCAAGAAGUGAAAGAUGUUGGUCUAAAACAUGGUGAUAUUUUAUAUUUACGUCUAGUAGAGGGCCCGUCUACAUCGAAGGCCGCGGAACGAAGUGCAUCCGUUAACUCGUUAGCUUCAAGCCACAGUUCCACGUUCAGCAAUGCUUCAUUCAGCCGAGAGGCUACACCGUCAACCAGCUCGAAACCAUCCACAUCGGCAGCGGCGGCAGCAGCCACAGAGUCGUCUACCAUCCCGCAGGAGGAUGCAGUCGAUCUGGAGCUGUACAAGCAGGACGGACGUAUCAAGCGUGAUCGUGAUGAAAAGCUCUGCCGCCACAACUCGAACGGUCGCUGCGUGCACUGCUCGGCGCUGGAACCGUGGGAUGAAAACUACCUCAAGGAGCAGAAGAUAAAGCACUUCAGCUUUCACUCCUACCUGAAGAAGCUAACGUCCGGGGCCGCCCGCGGCAAGUUUGUCGCGCUCGAGGACCUCAACUGCAAGAUCAAGUCCGGCUGCCGGGAUCAUCCGCCGUGGCCGAAGGGCAUCUGCUCCAAGUGUCAACCGUCGGCGAUCACGCUUAAUCGGCAGCCGUACCGGCACGUCGAUAACGUGAUGUUCGAAAACACGGGCAUCGUCGAGCGGUUCCUCAACUACUGGCGAACGACCGGGCACCAGAGAAUCGGGUUCCUGUUCGGCAAGUACGAGAUCCAUCCGGACGUACCGCUCGGCAUCAGGGCACGGGUGGCCGCGAUCUACGAGCCGCCGCAGGAAAGCAACCGCGACUCGAUACGCCUGCUGGACGAUCCGCACGAUGCGGACGUGGACGAGCUGGCCCGCCAGCUCGGGCUGCAGCGCGUGGGGUGGAUUUUUACCGACCUGCUGAGCGAAAAUCUGGCCAGCGGGACGGUGAAGCAUGUGCGCAACAUCAAGACACACUUCCUGACCGCGCAGGAGUGCAUACUGGCGGGGCAUUUGCAGAACAAAUACCCGAACCGCUGCAAGGACUCGUCGAACGGGUACUUUGGCUCGAAGUUUGUGACCGUGUGCGUGACGGGCGAUGAGAAGAAGCAAGUGCACAUGGAAGGAUAUGCCGUAUCGGCACAGUGUAUGGCGCUGGUGCGAGACAACUGUCUCAUUCCUACGAAGGAUGCUCCUGAGCUGGGAUACAUUCGUGAGUCGUCCGACAAGCAGUACGUACCGGAUGUUUACUACAAGGAAAAGGAUGUCUAUGGCAAUGAGGUGCAACGCUUGGGUCGACCACUGCCGGUCGAGUAUCUGCUGGUCGAUGUGCCGGCCUCGACACCGCUCGUGCCGCUGUACACAUUCCUGGAGCGGAAGGACGCCAAGCAGUACUUCCCGGUCGAGAACAGAAUGAUCGACGGUCACAUACAGGAUUUUGCGGCCCUCGCCAACUACUUGGCUAAAUCGCGCUCGUUGCCCUUCCUGGAUGCCGUGUCCGAUUUUCAUCUGCUGUUUUAUCUGUACCGCAUGGAGGACAUGCUGCCGAUGAAGUCCCAGCUGGGACCGCUGCUGGAAGCGGUACGCGACAAGGAUAAGGCGAAGGCCAACGAAUGGAAAACGCGGGAGGUGUGGAAAACGCUCGAAGAGCUCAUCGAGGCCAGCUCGAACCAUGAUGACUCCAGCAUGAGCAAUGACGUAGAGUUUGUGCCGAGCGGCGAUGCGGAACAGAACUGGAUCUGUACGUUCUGCACGUUCAUCAACAGCCGGGAGCUGCCCGCAUGCGAGAUUUGCAAUCUGCCCAGAUCCAGACAAUGAAAAGCUUAGCUUAGGUUUGAGCGAAUUGCAUUGCCGCCAGCUCGGGCGAAUGCAACGAGAGGACAUCAUUGCUAAUUUAAAAAAAAAGAAAGAAAAGAUUCUGCAAAACACCGAACAUGUUAAGAAACAAACAAACACAGUGUACUGGAGCUAAAAUUCGGUGAAACAAAAUAUAAAACCACACACAACUGGUGCGGCAAACGGGGCUUGGGCAGGCAACCGUCAUCAUCAUCAUGCCAGCGGCUGCUGCUGCCGCCACGGCUACUGUAUAGCUAUAAGCCGGGGAGGGAUAGUUUUCUUAUAGUGGUAUAGUGCACCUGUAACGAGUAAGACGCGGGAUGGCGGACCGACCCACACGGACUGAUGGACCCACGAAUUUUAGAGUGCGGGGAAGGCAAACUGCAAAGAAUGAACUGCACUGAAGCUGCGGUCAAAUUGAAACACACACACACACACGAAGACACCACAUACAAACACUCUCUAUUUCUCUUUUUACUCUCUAUGCCUGCAAUACAAGGUGGUUGCAAGAAGGUGGGAGGUGCAGCAGCUGCUAAGAAAUCGGCGAUACUGAUGAGCUGUGGGCCGUGUGUAGGGAAAGUGAUUAAAUUAUUUAUUCAACAACAACAACAACCACACGAACAGCAGCAUAAGGCUUUAGAGGCGGGACCGGUUUGCCGCUGCCUUGCCCUCCCACAGUGGCGCGUCUCAUGUGGAAGAGAUGACUAUUGACUCGGAGUAGAAGCAGGAGGGACAGGGGAAAAAGGUAAACUGAAGAAAGAAAAAGAAAACUGAUAAAUCGAUAGCAAGAUACAACACUGAUUCAAAUAAAGUCCAUCAUAUAAGUA